UCGUUAUUAAUGCAAAAGCACGAUUGACUUGAGAAAUGUCUCGAGAUUCCGAACUGAUGACAUAUAGUAUAUUUUAUCAUUGUCAAGAAACAAUUUGCCAUUGUGUUAGACGCAACAGAAAAAAAAAACUUGGACUAUGGACUUAUUACCGGUGAACUUUUUUAUUCUUCGUUUCUGUGGUGUAUGGAAAUAUCACGAAGAUAAUAACUCGAUAACAACAAAUUUUUUUAUUUUCUGCUACAGAUAUACUAUUGUUAUUGUAAUAUAUCUCUUUACAAUAUCCGAGAUAAUUCUGCUUGUACGUACAAGAAACAACAUGGAAGAUUUGAUAGACGUUCUGUUUCUCACCUUAACGUACAUGACUCUGUGUCUGAAGUACAUAAAUUUUUCGGUGCGACAGUGCGAAUUGCGUGCUUUAUUAGAUUGCUUCCGUACCGAGCUAUGUCAGCCAAGAAAUUCCACGGAGAAAUCUAUAUUGAGAAGAUACAGUCGCAAAGCUAAGCAGAAUGCUUGUUUGUAUCUGUUCAUGUGUCAAACGACGGGUCUGCUAUUUCUGACGAUGCCGCUGCUAACUUCAGACGAGAGACGUUUGCCGUGCAAAGUAUAUCUGCCAUAUUCUAUCGCGACACUGGUACCCUACGUGUUAACUUAUCUUCAGCAAGUCGUAGUUUUUACUUACGGAAUAAUAAUAAACGUUUCCUUCGAUUCUCUCGUUUACGGUCUCAUUAUUCACACUUGCGGACAAAUCGAACUGCUGUGCCAUCGAUUGACGGAAACAUUCAAAUUUUUUCGGGACAUAGACGAAGAAAGAAAAACCGAUGCCGCGGAAAAUUCCUUUAUCGCGGAAUGCGUGAUACAUCAUAUCUUGAUAUACAAUAUCAUUCAAAGGAUACAGUCGCUGUUCGUAUGGACAAUCGCUAUUUUAUUCCUCUUCAGCCUUAUCACUCUUUGUACCAGUAUCUAUCAGAUAUCCAAAAAAGAGCUUUUCAGUUUCGAGUUCUUCAAUAUUAUGUUGUAUUUAGGAUCAAUGAUGUUUCAAGUGUUCUCAUAUUGUUGGUACGGCAAUGAGCUGGAUUUAAAGAAUAAAAGUAUCGCACAUGCCGUUUACACUAGUAACUGGACAGUCAUAUCAGCCAAGCAACGUAAAAACUUGUUGCUCGUCAUGAUGAUGAGCCAAAGAGGAAGAAUACUUUCGUUUUACGGAGUCUGCUCGUUAAUUCUCAACACUUUCACAUGGAUCAUAAGGACGUCCUACUCUGCUUUUAACUUGUUACAGCAAGUUUCGAAUUAGAACUUUGUA